CGCGUGUGCCAUGGAAACUGUCAACAACCUCAGUCGAUGUCGGUGACCUGGCGACAAGAUGGAGUACUGGGGGACGUAUGACUUGAAAGCAAGUCAAACUUAGUUUACCCUCUAUGGUUACUCUCAGACAUUUCCUAGAAGCUAGAUGACACAAGAAGGGAGCACUAGAAAUACUUUCUACAGGUGACAAUCUCCGAGCGGGUGCUUGUCACCAAGCAAACACAUAAUCCGAUUUGUGUUAUUUACAUUUCAGUGUCUCGGUGAAUAAGAUUCUAAACAUUAGUGACACCGUCAUCAUUUUGUGUGUGUUAUAGGUAGAAAUCGCAAUCAUUCAGGAUGCCAGUCGCACAAAAUAGACUUGAAACGUUGCAAGUUUGUAAAUUAUUGCAAUGUGUUCGCGAAAGAGACCGCCAACAAAUCGAGAAGCUCACGACGAGCGGUCUCCCACACUUGAUCAACUAUAACGAUCCAACUGAAGGCACCACGGCUCUAAGUGUUGCAGCGAUCGCCAACGAUGAUGAAAUGAUUGAAUUUCUUCUAAAUCUCGGCGCUCAUCCAGAUGUGAUGGAUUUCAAGGGUCGCACUGCAGCGAUGAGAGCAGCAGAGUACGGCCAUGUCCACUGUCUGGAGAAGCUAGUCAAGGCUAGUGCCAAUCUCAGCCUGACAGAUCUCGAGGGAAAGGGCAUCAUCUUCUACUGCAUAUCACCGACACAGCGCCAUGCCAAGUGUAUGGAAGUUGCUGUUAGCAACGGGGCGGAACUAAACAAUGUUGCCAAGGAUGGAUGUCCAGUGUUCCUGUUUUCAUGUGAGACUGCUCUGGAGAACGAGGACAUGUGUCUGUUGCUCCUGCAGAAGGGAGCCGACCCAAACAGUAAAGUAGAGAAGAGUGGCCGGACAGCCUUGAUGGCGGCAUCCAGUGCAGGAAGUGUGAAGGUUGUCCGAGCGAUACUGGAGGGUGGGGGGCUGGUGAACGGCAUAGAUAUCCGUCGCAACCACGCAGCACAUUUCGCAGCCACUGGCGGUCACUUCGAGGUGCUGGCCUGUAUGGCGGGGUAUAGUGCAGAGUUCAACCAGACGAACGCAGAGGGGAACAACCCAAUCCACAUGGCGUCCAAGACUGGGCAUGGCAUGUGCUGCAAGUUUCUCUCACAAAGAGGUUGCAACCCCAAACCAAAGAACAACGAAGGCCUUACACCACGAGUCAUUGCAAAGGAUGAGGGCCACAAAGAAGCAUUAAAGGAAUGUAGAAAGGCAGAAAAGUCCUUUGGGAAGAGCGGCAAGAACAAUGACCCCUGGGUAAUUGCGUUGUAUGACUGGGUUUAUGAAAGACAGAAACAACUUGGUGAUAUGUUUAGGAAAUAUGACCCGGACGAGGUGGGGUCUAUAUCAAAGGAUGAUGUCGUUGAUACGAUUAUUGGCUUAAAGGCACCAGCAGAUGAAGAUGAACUCAAGAAAAUUGUGUCGACUCAUGACAAAGCUCGAGAUGGAAAGGUAGACUAUAAUGACUUCUUUGCUGCGAAAAAAUGGGUAAAUAAAAAUUAUUUGAUGAGUGCGUUUGAAGGGAAGAAGAAAAAGAAGAAGAAGGGAGGCAAGAAGGGGAAGAAGAAGGGGAAGUUCAAGCUUGUCAUGCCAAUCUGUAUGCAGGAGGACGGGGCAAGGACGUUCGGGGGAGGACCGCCCGAGAUGUUCAUUCCCAGACACAUACACUUCACGGACACAGGGCGGUUCGACCGCGACAACCCACCCACCCAUCCUCUCCAGGACGAUUCGGCCUGGUACUUGAAACAACCAGACAAGACGUAUCUCAACAUCACUGAGGCAACCAAGAUGAGGGAUUUUGAUUCGCUGAAGACUGCUAUUUCGAAAGGUAUUCCAGUGGACACGAGGGACAAGUAUUACAAGACGCCCCUGAUGGUGGCGUGCCAGGGGGGACUCAUCGACAUGGCCAGGUUCCUCAUCGAGAACGGAGCUAGUGUGAACGCCCGGGACAACUUCAAGUGGACGCCACUCCAUCACGCCUGCCACUCCGGCCAGCUGGAUGUCGUGGACUUGUUGUUGGAUCAUGGGGCAGAGAUCGACGCCUCCACCAUGGGAGGUGGCACACCCCUGACCCGUGCCAUCGAGAGCUCCAGGGACAACGUCGUCCAGAUGCUGAUUGACAAGGGAGCCAAGGUUCAGACAGAGAACAGGAAAGGUCACAACCCGAUGGACAUCGCCCAGUCGUGGGCCGACCCCCGCUGUCUGGAUGUGGUACAGAAGAAGUGGGACUCCAUGCCCCCCCCAGGGGACAAGAAGAAGAAGGGGGCCAAGAAAGGGAGUGGAGGACCCAAGGCCAAGAGACCAUCGUCCGCCCCAGGGGAAGGCAAAGAGACCGGCUCACCAUUGCCUCCAGUGCACCGCAUGCACGACGAGGGCAUCCCACACCAGCGUAAAGGAUCCAUCUUGCGUGCAGCGUCGGCGUUGGCAGGGGGGAUGGAGGAGAGAGAGGACAUCACCUACACCCCGCUCAAAGCCUGGACCAAACAACCCAGCACUCGCAACCUCAUUGAGCAGAAGGAAGUCAAGCGAGACAGGUUCGGCUGGGAGGUCGACUUUGAUGAUUUCGAGAUGCCUUUCAAAAGCAAUGUAUCAAAAAAAGUGGAACUGUUUGGUGGUUUGGAGGAGUGAAUUUAAAGUCAAGAAUUAUUGGCAAAAGUGUUAUUAACAUUUAUUAAAACCCUUACGAUCAUGUCGCACCAUUGUUUUUGCAGUUGAGUCUGUGCCAGGAAUUCACUGGCCAUCCUGAACGUGCGUUAAAACAAGUACUGGUAUAUCUGAUGUAACUAUAGGUCAUUAUGCAAAAUUAUGGAGAAGUUAUAUAUCCGCAAUAACAUGGUUUAAGCUGGACAAAUCACUUGAAUCUGUUGAUUCCGAAAGUAGCAUCUCCCAGAAUCAACAUAUUCUCAUGAUUUUUCUAUUACAAAUUAUAUUUACAAGCAUUGGCACACCAACCACUUCAUGCAUGCUUUUUUUCUGCUCAAGGACAAAAAAUAAAACACAAUUUCCCAUACUAAAUAAAGAGCAGCUGUCGUCCUCCACAUAUUGCCUUGGGUCAGUUGGGACCAAAUGGUAAAAUCUUUUGCUUGUCACACCGAAGGCCUUGUUUCUAUUUCACAAAUGAGUACAUUGUGUGAAGCAUUCUUCUGGCGUCCCCCACCGUGAUAUUGCUGUAAUAUUGCUAAAAGCAGUGUUAAAUCCAACCAUUUUGAUGCUUGUGGGUUUCACCAAAGGUGUAAAUGGCUGAGAC